UUUUAUUAGUUUUGAAAAUCGUUCACAAAUGCGCGCGUGCGCUGUUCGCUCCAUCCUUAAUUAUGUGGCGCGUGCUGCUGCAUCGGUCCUGAUGGCGCUCCAGGCUGAAGAUAAGUGCGCGUCAAGUGCGUCUGAGCAGCUGAGCCUGAGCCGACAGCAGCCCAGAGACCGACGACAGGAGACAUGAGCAGACCACAGAGCAGCAAACAGGAUGUUCUCUGUUCUUGAUUAUGGAUUUAAUUUAUUACCGUCAUUUUCAGAUUUAUUCCUGCACAUUUUUAAUGUUGUCGUUGUUGGUGAAAGAUGGUGUAUCUCCAGAGACAUUAGCCCCUCUUGUGGACCAUUGCUCCCCAAACCCGUGUCAAAACCAGGCCUUAUGCAGAAACCGAGGAGAUGGCCACUCCUGCUUCUGUGUGCCGGGUUUCCAGGGUGCCAACUGCCAGAUCGAUGUCAACGAGUGUGUUUCACAGCCCUGCAGGAACGAAGGAACCUGUGUGGACAAAGUUGGGAGAUUUUCCUGUCUGUGUCCUCCUGGGUUUACAGGGACCACUUGCGAGGUUCAAAUUGAUGGUUGUCAUUCAUCGCCAUGUCGCCAUGGUGGCAGUUGCCAUAACAAUGCUGGGGGCUUCAUGUGCACCUGUCUUCCUGGUUUCCAAGGACGCCAGUGUGAAAUCAACAGAGAUGAGUGCCAGGAGCAGCCGUGCCAAAAUGGGGCUCAGUGUUUAGAUGGGGUGAAUGAAUACAGCUGCGACUGCUCACACACAGCCUUUACUGGUCCUCACUGUGAGACACCACGACUGCCAUGCUCCUCUCAACCCUGCUUUAACAGCGCCAUCUGCAAGGACAACCAGGGUAACUACACCUGCGAAUGCCUGCCUGGGUUUGAAGGGCAGCGCUGUGAGAUAGACAUCCCAGAGUGCAGCAGCAGUCCUUGCAUGCACGGUGGCAGAUGCAUCGAGAGGUCAUGGCAGGCACUAUACGGCAGCGAGCCUCUGCUACCACAACACUAUGACCAGCGUCGAGCAGCAGGCUACAUCUGCAGCUGUCCUCCUGGAACCAAAGGUUCCCUCUGCCAGGAGGAGAUAAACCGCUGUGAGCCCAGCCCCUGCCAGAAUGGGGGGAGAUGUGAGACCCACAAAGAAGGCUACAUUUGCCACUGCCUCCACCACAGUGAUGGGGGCGUCCUGUAUGGAGGUGUGGACUGCAACGUGCACUUAGUGGGAUGUGAGGGCCAUGAAUGCCAGAACCAAGGCUCCUGCUCGCCUUUCCUGCUAGGCGGGACUCACGGGUACACGUGCUCCUGUGCACCCGGGUUCACGGGGCCUCUGUGCAAGACCCCCACCAGCUUUUCCUUUGAGCGCAGCGGUUACCUGCUCUUGCAAAACCCCCUGGUGGACGCAGAAGUGGCCUGCAACAUCACCCUGAGCUUCAAGACGGUUUUGCUGCGAGCGAUGUUGUUCCAGAGGAACACCGGGGGGCUGCUGCUGAGCCUGGAGCUGGAGGCAGGGCUGCUGCAGCUCACUCUGAGGAAGGAGGCUUUGGCGGGGGAUGAGGCGGAAAACCGAAGCCAAGUUUUGGAGCUCCCACAAAACGUCACAGAUGGAGAAUGGCACACUGUUAAGGCUGUGCUCGUAAACUGGGUACUCAGCCUCGAGCUCGACGACGCUGGGAUCUGUGGGAGCCAGUCGUGCUACAAAGCGGCCCCAGUUGAAAGCACCCUGGUGGAGCUUGUGGCCUCCCCUCAGAACACUUUUAUUGGAGGAACAGUCGAAGACCCGAAUGGCCCCGGCGGGCUCUCCACAUCUCCCGCAUUUAUUGGAUGCAUGCGGGACGUGUUUGUGGACUGGCAGCUCGUCGUUCCCGAGGAAUGGUUGAGUGACUCCGCAGUUAAUGUGCUUCCAGGAUGCAGCCACAGGGACCGCUGCCAGGGAGCGCCGUGCCAAAACAGAGGAAAGUGUGUAAACCUGUGGCAGAGCUACCAGUGUCAGUGUCCAAGGCCUUACGAGGGGCACGACUGCGAGGAGGAGCAUGUGGCCGCUCGCUUUGGGAAUGAGGACUCUCACAGUUACGCGGCGUUCAUUAUCACUGAUGAUCUGGGUCAGAACUUCUCCCUGUCGCUGUUCGUGCGCACAAAGAAGGGCAAUGGACUCCUCCUGGCGCUGGCCAACAGCAGCAACAGCCAGUACCUGCACCUGUGGCUGGAGGACGGCAGGGUCACGGUGAAGCUCCACAACUCCGAGGGCCUGAAGGCAGAGGCCGCGCUUCACGACGGAGAAGUUCACUUCGUGAGUGUGGAGGUGGAGGAGAACCAGGUGGCGUUGUUUGUGGCGGGCGAGAAGCAGGGAGAGGUGGAAGUCAGCACUGUCAGCGCCAAGGCCGGAGAUGCCGUUUAUGUGGGAGGCUUGCCGGAGAGCACGACUGUUCCCCUGUUUGGUGGAUAUUUUAAAGGCUGCGUGCAGGAUUUAAGGAUCAAUGACAGGAGGCUGCAGUUCUUUGGACUCGGCGCCUCAGUGAGAUCCUAUCCCCUGGAGCUCAUGGAGAACGUGACUGCCGGUUGCUCUGGAGACAACACCUGCAGUAGAAAUCCAUGUCUCAACGGUGGGAUGUGCUUCUCCACUUGGGACGAUUUUACCUGCACCUGCCCCCCCGGCACAGCAGGGCGGCACUGUGAGAUUGUGAAGUGGUGCGAGCUGUCACCUUGCCCCGCAGACGCAGAGUGCAGGAUGCUCCGAAAGGGAUACGAAUGUUACUCCAAUGCCACCUUCCUGAAUAACAGCACUGUGUUGACGUAUCGGGGAAAUGGCCAGAUCUCCCGCAACCUGACCAGCCUGUCCCUGAACCUGCGCACGCGGAAGCGUAAUGCCGCCAUUCUGCACGCGGAGAAGAACUCGUCCUUCGUCACGGUCUCCGUCCAGGAUAGCAUCCUCGUCAUGGAGCUCCAAAGCACCCAUGGAGGUGACGGCGAGGCAGAAAAGGGGCAGGAGGGGGAGGAGGGGCUGUCGGUUGUCAGCUUGAGCAGCAGGAGGAGUGUCAGCGAUGGGGAGUGGCACACCGUCCAUUUGUUCAUGACAGCGCCAUGGGAGCAGGCGUCCCGCUGGACUUUAGUGCUGGAUGAAGAAAUAGACGAGGCUAGUUUCUCUAGGAGCCAAGGCGGAAACCUGAACUUCCUCAGACAGGAGGUGGACAUCUUCUUGGGGGGCUUGGCCCCCGACACCGGCUGGUCCCUGGCGGGUUGUCUGAACACCGUGGAGCUGGGCGGCAUCGCCUUGCCUUAUUUCAGCUCCCACGAUGUGAACCUGCCGCGCCUGCAGGACGAGCAGUUCAUCCAGGCGUCGGCGCACCCUCUCCUGGUGGGUUGCCGUGGUGCCUCCGUGUGCGAGCCCAACCCGUGCCUGAACCACGGCGAGUGUCAAGACCUCUUCAACACCUACAACUGCAGCUGCGCAGGAGGAUGGGUUGGAAGACGCUGUGACGUCUUCAUCGACACUUGUGCUUCGAAUCCCUGCAUCCAUGGCAACUGCAGCGUCAACGGGAUGACCUACGAGUGCACCUGCGAGCUGGGCUACACGGGCGUGGACUGCGAGGAAGAGGCCGACAUGUGCGAGAACCACCUGUGCGCCCACGGAGGCACCUGUCUGCACGGCCCACAAAGAUACGCCUGUCUCUGCCCUGAGAACUACACCGGGCCCUUCUGCAACGAACGCAUUGAAGAAGUUCCAUGGUACAUCGUUGUCAAAAAUGUACGGCCCAAGCUGCCUGUGUCCGUGUGCGGCGAUGACACCAGAAAUUACACCUGCUUCAACGGAGGCAACUGCACCGACCGGGAGCUCUCCUGCGACUGUCUGCCAGGCUUCAUAGGCCAUCGGUGCGAGCAGGAGUUGGACGAGUGCAAGUCCAACCCCUGCCUGAACGGAGGGUACUGCCGCAACCUCAUCAACAAGUUUGUGUGUGUGUGCGACAUGAGCUUCGCUGGAGACAUGUGCCAGACGGACCUGUCCUUAGAGGGUUUGACCUCUGACCUCUUGCUGCCCAUCAGUUUGGUGUCCGUUAUCCUGCUGCUGGUUCUCGGCGUGACCUCCGUCGGCCUAAUGAUGGCGCUAAACCGGCGCGCCACCCACGGCACCUACAGCCCCAGCAGGCAGGAGAAGGACGGGUCCCGGCUGGAGAUGUGGAGCAUCAGCCAGCCUCCGCCCAUGGAGAGACUGAUUUAAAGAAUAAUCUGUGGAAAAGAAAGAGCAUGAAGGUGAAAGUUUAUGGCAGAGAGACCUUUUUCCCUCAGACUCAUCGUUUUGUGCAAAUGUGAACGCCCCCCCCCGGUGAUUAUCUGGUUUCAUGUUGCAGAUGGAUAAACCAGAGGCCACUGAAGGGAUAAAAAUACAUUUUCAUGAAGUUAAGAGUAAAAAGCUGGUAUUUUAAAUAUUACUUAUUCAAACAAAUACCAAUAAUAUGAGGUUGUGUUCAUGUUGGACAACAAAAAACUAAAAAACAAAUCUUAUAAAGCUUAUAAAAGUCAAAGUGGUUAACCUUUAAAUUGAUUUUUACUGCAGAUUUAAACCCAUAAAGACAACUAGUAUAAAAACUCCAUCAUUUAUAGGAGUUUUAAUCAAGGAUUUUUACCUUAUUUGAGAGCAAAUGAGCCUUAACUGCACCAAACAGCUCUUACUUAAACAACAACUACAUUCAAAAUACAAAAAAAAUUAAACUAGAUUAUCUUUCAAGAUUUUAGCACAAAGAGUAAAUAGCUUUUGUUAAAUGUUUGUCAAUUUCAUAUUCCUUAAUGUACUGUAUUUGUCUAAUAAUGGUGCCAUUCUGUAACAGGCAGGUUUAAAGGUUAAUUACAAAUUGAUUUAGUAGUGAAGUUGUUUUUUGGCAAAUUAAAUAUUUUAAGUAUCAAUUUAAAUGUAUACUGCAAUGUCUCUGGUUUCUACUUUUAUUUUUCAACCUGAUUAGAAAAUUUAAAACCAAAAAAAAGGAAGGUAUUGCAUGCUAUUUAAUGUAUGUAUGUAGUGAGGAUGCAAGUGUACUGUGAGCUGGAAAAUUUUUAUUUUUUCAAUAAAUAAAUGUAAAAGAUGACUGUUUUGUGCCAUCUGUGAAGGGUUGGAGCCAUGGAGAGAAAAUAGUAUCACCUUCAGAUUUGUGUGUGUGUAAUUCUUGAUUUAUGCGCAACUUUAGAUUUGUGUUUGCUAAAUUUUUGAUUCGUAACUUUUAUAACACAUUUUGUGUAUAAGUUAAAAAAAAAGUAAAAAAAAA